GAUAGUGGGAUCGCUGAUUAAAAACAAAGCAAGUUCCUUCUUCCUCCAAACCCACUGCUCCUCGCCCCCACCCCCCUUCAAUCCAUUUCCGCAUCUUCUUCUUUCGCAAAUCCAUGGCACCUGGCAAUUCCAAGAAGCGACAGCGCGUGAGCCACCCCACUCCCUCUCUGUUCCUCGACUCCUUCGACCAGAGAUCCAUUUCCGAUUUUGCUGCCAAGCUCCGUCGCACCCCCUCCUCCUCGUCCUUUGUCCGACCCAUCCUCGAUCACAGGUCCACACCCACUUUCUCCUCCUCCCCCGCCUCCUUCAACGAUCCUGCUACGGCGGACCUCCUCCUCCGUCUCUUCCUCGAACCGUUCCCCUACGAUUCCUCCCUCGAUUCUGCUGCCCGUGACCGCGAUGCUGACCCAUCCGAUGUACAGAUCUAUCUCCACUCUCACGUCCUUCGUCGCUCCAAAUACUUCGCCGCCCUUCUCUCUGAUAGAUGGCACAGACCUACUGCUAACACUUCCCUUUCCUCCUCUGCGGAUAUUAAAGAUUACACGCAUAUUAAUCUACCAGUGUCCGCCAAUCAGGGAACCAUCGCCGCGCACCUCGCGGUUCUCCAGCUUCUCUACACCAAUGAUUUCGAUGCUGCAAUCAACUCGCCGUCUACCGCCCUCGACGUACUCCCGGUGGCGCUGGAGCUUCUUUUUGAUGACUGUGUCAGGUCCUGCAUUAGGUUCCUCGAAGCGGUUCCGUGGACCGAGGAGGAGGAAAUGAGAGUACUGGCCCUGAUUCCCUUCUUGAGGGAGGAAGAAUCGAGAGAGCUCCUUGCUAGGAUUUCUCCUUCCAGAGAGGAUUCCUCUGAGGAGAUGCUCCACGGAUUAAUUGUAACGGCGAUUCAUAACCAUCCUAACUUGGCUUAUGUGAAGGCAUUUGUGGCCAAGUUAUUGAGAGACUUCUCUUCUAAAGAGUCAGCUAAGAGGGUCCUGGAGAGGGCAUUCGAGACGAGCUUGAAGGUUGUCAAAGAGAGCUUGGAGGAGUACUCCAGUCCGGAUUUUAGAGGGACCAUAACGAGACGAGCAAUACAGAGGCUAAAUUUGCACACGGCCAACAACGGGAGGCAUUCUACAGUGUUGGUGGAGAGGAAUGAGCUGAGGGUGGCUGAUUCGGCGGUCAAGGAGUGGAGUGAGCAGGCCGCAUUCACUGCGGAUCUACAGAGGGCCUUUCGGGAUGAUGCAUGGAGGAAUAUCGUCCCGGGUCUGCCCGCUGUCAUGCUGCGAUGCACUUCAAAGUUUGCCAACGCGGUUGCUGCUGGCAGCAUUUUGGCUGCUAGACAGGUUAGGAUGAACCUUGUAAAAGAUUGGCUUCCUGUUCUGAUAGUGUGCAAAGAGAAUGUGUCACCUAUGUCAGCGAGUCUAAAGACACUGUACAUGGAACUGGAGGAGACAUUCCUGAGAAUUAUAUCCACACUGCCAAUAUCAGAUUCACAAGUUUUGCUGCAGCAGUGCCUGAGUUUCUCAACCAGAAAUGUGGAAGAUUGCCCCCACUUGGUUACAGCAUUCAAUACCUGGUUCCGUCGUGCAACUCGACCCCCUCAGCUGGACAGUCUUGAUUUAUAGCAAAGCUUAUGGUGAUGAUGGUGUGGAAUGAAAAGCCUUGGCACCACCUGGUAGCAACUUUUAACCAUAGGAGGUCAGGCUUUGGUUGUGAAUACUGUGUAAAUCAUAUAACCGCUUAGCUUGUACAUAGAAAGCUGGAUGUUUGGUUUUUUUUUUUUUUUACAAAUGGUUGUUGUUCCUUGCAGCUUUUAUGCAAUUGUAUCCUCCCGCUUUUAAGCCUUGAACCUUUAUUUUUGAAGAGGUUUAGUUGGCUCUCUGUCAUUUGUGCAAUUUCUUCUCUUUGAUGUUGCUAAGACGGACGCUUUAGUCAUGAAAUGUAAAUAUUUUUGCCGGAUCCA